ACCAAGCUGCCCCUCUCUUGUAGGUCACCUAGAACAGCGACAGCAACACCACAACAUCAGCCCGUCAGGCCGUCUACAAUUUUUAGGGAAAUAAUGGCCAGCUCGCAUUUUUAAAUUGUCUUUAUCUGGAGUUUAAGUGGGUUAAACAAAUUGCUUUCUGAGUGAAGCUCGGGAUAAUGUACACCGCAGCGCUUUUGGCGCUCUGAUUUAACUCGCUGAGGAGACAAGCACCUGUUGCUCCAGCAAGCAGAAACAUGUCAUUGUUAUUGAAGAAUGCGACCAACAGCAUCUGGCACGCUUUUAACGCUUUGUGUUCAGAUAAGAGUGGAACCGUCGUAAAAUCCAAGCUGAAGGUCCUCACAGCAAACAUUGGGACAUUACUCGAUCUCUACGGCGUGGAAAAGGGCCUUGAGCAUUAUCGAAGUACUGCAGACCUCAACUUUGAACACUUCAAAUAUUACUUACAAAAGGAGGUAUUUUCAUCAUUACCUGAUACUUUCACACUUACAACCAUUCAAGAUUUUGAAGCUCGUGUUGAUGAAGUGUGCUGGCUAGUCUGCAAAAAGGAUUUAAUUUCUAGGGAUAAACCACUGCUUCCGGAUGAUUCUGUUUUUCAACUAUUCCGUGUUUUUUGUAUGUUGUCUGACCUUGUUCAAGAGUCCCAUGAGACAUUUCAGGUGCUGAUGCAUUCGGCUGAGGUUGGCAAAGUAGUUUCUGAGAUUGUAAAUUCUGUUGGUUUAGAGUGGGAUGCAAUUGAAUUUGAAAAUUUAUCCUCUUCUGUCAAAGCUUUUCGCUUUGGUUCCUUCCUUGCUUUGAUUGAGACCAAGUACUUUGGAGAUGGAAGCGUUGAAACUGAUGGUCUGGUAGAGGCUGUGCGAGAAAUUUUCAGAACUUACCUCCAAGACGUGUUGAAGAAGGGUACUCUUAUGAAACGGGGUUUUCUCCUUCCUACACUUCGAGAGUAUUGGUUUGUACUGCGCCCAACAGAGCUAAACUAUUACAAGAGUCAAGAUGAACGUGAGUGCUGUGGCAGUAUUAGCCUUGAUACUCAGUGUAGAGUUGAUGCAACGUCUAGAGGCAUGAGAACACAAGAUAAGGCUCACCGCCUUGCCCUGCACACCAGUGAAAGAACUUAUGAAUUUGCUGCUUAUGAUCACAGGUCAAGGUUGCAGUGGAUUUCAUCCCUUCACUUGGCGAUUGCUCAGUCUGGUAGUCGUGAGGGCUAUCAACGUACCCUAGCAGCGCGGCGCAGAGCUCAAAGGGAAGCAGAUGCUCUGCGUCAAUCAGAAGAGCAUAAACGCAGAACAAGCCAAAUCCUUGACAUGGAGAUGACACGUGCCCAGCUGCAAGCUGAAAAGAUUGCCCGUGUGGCUGCCGAGUUACAGGCCAAGGAAUUGGAAGCAGUUCAUCGUGAGGAGGAGAAGAGGGUGCAAAUGCUGGAAGAAACUAGGAGGACACUAGAGCGCCUUCUUGAAGAAGAGACUCAAGCUAAACGCGAUGAGGAGAUUGUGCGCAACUUGCAGGGCAGGGUUUUGCGAGAGGAAAUGGAGCACCGUGAAAAACUAGAAAGGUUGCAAGAAGAGCAGAAAGCAUUGCUAGAACUAGAAAGAGAAAAACGAAUGGAAUUUGAGAAACAGCAACAAGAUAAAGAGGUGCAGUUGACAGAAGCACAACAACGUCUUCGUCAUCUUGAAGAGGAAAAGCAAAAGCUUGACAAGGAAUUGAGGUCAGCACAAGAAAAAAUAACUUCAUCAGAAAAAUCAAAAGAAGUUCUUGAAGCAAAGCUAAGGGUCAUGAUGCCACAGCUGAAGGAUUCAGGAAGAGUCUGUAGAGCUCUUAGCUUUGUUCCAUCCACCAAGGAGCGACCAGCUUUUGCAGAAGUUCGGAGCAAUGUCAGUGCCAAUGGUGUCAAACGUUCAGAGGAAGCGCCUCAUUGACUGAUUUAAUUUUGAGAUUAUAAAACCAAUUGUUUACUGUUUUCUUAGGAAUCUUCCUGUGUUCUGUCCUCAAUUUCCCUAAUUUACCUUGCUUUGGAGGGAGGGACAUUCUAAUUAUGCUUUACUCAGAUUUGUAUUAUUUUAAAGUUGUGAUGAUUUAUAAGUUCCAAAUAUCAUAUUGUAACAUUUUAAAUGACCUGAAAGACUAAUUUAUGGGACCAACUUACACUGUAUUUGUUUUCUAGAAUGGAAUCUCAAUUACCUCAAGGUGCCAGCUAAGUUUAAGCAGAGGUAUCCUAUUCAAAUUUGUGGCAAGCAGUUUGUGUGUAUGGUGCUUCUCUUUGCAGUUUUAUUGAGCUUUGUAUGUUGUCUAUAGUGAGUUGAUAUAUCAUGGUCAUUUCACUUUAUAAAAAAGUGAAGUGGCUAUUUACAUCCUGUGAUUUUUAUUCUCCCACUAUUAUUUUGUUAAAUCAUACUACCUAUUCAUUGUUAAAUCAUGAAACUUUUGAUGCAAUUGUUAUAAUUUUUGUCUCAAAUUUUAGUUUUGUUGAUCGUGUAUAUCUCUGUAUUCUUAUAAAUACAGCACUCCUUAUGAGGGUAGCACACAUUGUGGCAACACUCGAGCACAAGAUUCUGUGCUGACAUUUAGUUAUGAUUUCGUUACCGUGUGUACAGCUCCACCUUCAUCAUUUAUUAUUUGAAGGUAGAACCCUGUUUAGAGAAGACACUAUUUUGUAACUCUCUCAGACUAUUUUUAUUUGUCAAGAUUAUUUGUUUUCUAUAGCUGAUCUAUAUGCUGCCAACUAACUCUACUUAUUUUAACUCACUCUGGAGCUUUUUUACUUGCACAAUUUUUAAAUUUUUUAUUUCUUCACGAUUAGGACCCAUUUGAUUUACUGUCUCCUAUUAAUUGUAUGUGUUCCUUUGCUCACAUAAGUUUGUGCUAGUCAUUAAUGUGACUCAGAACCUUUGGUUGUAUGAACUAAGUGCUUCAGUUUCAUUCCUAAAGCUUGAAUUGAAGCAUUUUAAAAUAAGGUUUAAUGUUUGUAAGUUCCUUAUUUUCAAUCAACUGUGCUUCAUUUUUCUUUUUCUAUUUUGUAAAGGUAGUUACAUUUAGGUCAUUGUUUUGAAUCUGAUUUUGGCACAAGAGCUUUGUUCCUUUAUGCCCCUCUUGCCUUUGUGUUUAGUCUCGCUUUUAUUUAUGUUUCUCUUUAAACUUGCCAUAUUUGUUAACUAAUGUCUACUUUUGUAGACAGGUGCUAUGUGUAGAGCAGACCUGAUUUUUGCCGAGUGAGAGAGUUCAGAAUCUCCCCAUUUUUUUUUAAAUCUUUUUUUUGUAGGGUAAUCCUAUGUUGAAUACUCAUUACGUCUCCCCCAGUGUAUGAUAUGUGUCUUAUGAUGAUAUUCAUAAAUGUACGUACCUUUGUACGUAUGUCCAUUUAUUUUUGAGUGUUACUCAAUUUUUGUAUCUUCUAGAGCUGGGCUCAACUAUCUUAAUUAUGUCUUAAUGUUUGGAUUUUUUUUUCUUUUCGAUUGUUCAAACUUUGUAGUUAGUGCAUUGAAAUGUACCAUUGAAAUGUAUGAAAUAAAGCGCUCUACUUGGAAAGCAA